AGUAAUCACAUCUCAGCAUUGGUUCCCCCCAUCAUCAUCUCUAAACAAAUUCCCAUAUAAGUCUACAGUGGAUUGUAUUGCUCCAUUAUUCUGAUUAAGCACGGCGUUGUAACUUUUAUAUCAAUAGAUGCCAAGGGAUCCAAUUUUCAGCGAGGCAGCUCUUUCAGUAAUAAGUGAAUGAAUGCAGAAACAAAGGAAAAUAAAGUGUGCCUCAAGGAAAUGCAUAACGAUACAGUAAUAAAGUGAUACUGGUGGAUCACUGUGAAGAAUAAUUUCCUUAUCAGGAGACAAAACCAGCAAUAUGUGCUCUAAAUAUUUGUAUGUGUAAAUGUUAUACAAAUAACAAGACGAUGUAUUGUGGGGCUAAAGCUCUGACUCUGAGUUCGUUUGUGCUGGGUGCUAUUUCUAUUGGCACCCUAUCAUUGUCUGUGGCGACUGAUUCCUGGUUGUUUACAGAAGAAGAAAUGGACGGCGUCAUUGAAAACAUGACCAUCAAACUCCCAGUGUAUGUUCGGUCCGGACUGUUUCGCUUCUGUACUGUGUACCCAGAUGCAGAUGACGAUUGCGUCACUAUGGGUAUAAAUCUGAACGAAGAAAGAUUGGAGGAGAGACUUACAUCAACAGCUAUAAUGCGUGCUAACAGAGUGUCUACGGUGUUCCCCAUUGUUUCUCUGAUUCUGCUUGUGAUCGCCACAAUUCUGAGUGUUAUAGGAAACAUCAACCAUGACGUCAAAACCCUUAUAUCGUCCGGAAUUCACAUCUUAUCAGGACUGAUGCUGGCCGUCGGAAUUAUCCUCUAUAUAUCCGCCAUAAACGAUGAGGUUGGACAUCGCCCAAAGCCGUCGGAGGCAGACGACGACACCAAGAAGUUUGGUUACGAGUAUGGCUGGUCAUUCUUCUUUGCCGGGACGUCUUUUCUUUUCAUCAUGACGACAGCAGUUAUCCUUGUGUCGCUUUAUCUACAACGAAACUCAAAACGCGAGGAUCUCGUGAAGAUUAUCCCGGGUUUAGGUGACGUAGUGGAUAAUGACAUCACUGAUGACGUUUUUGCAACAAACAAUCCAACAAUAAUUUUAUGAAAAUAUGUCGAUUACAUGUUGUUAUGAUAUUUAUUAUUACAUUUCAAUGUCUUUUCCUAUAAUUAUUUUCUCUGUGAUAUUUUCAAAAAAGGUUGUGUUGAAGAUAGGCAUGAUUUUGACAACUGCUGAUUUAUGCUCAAUAUCAAACUAUCAUCUUGUUGUAAAUGGUCAUGAUCUUUUUUUCUUUGAUUCAAUCAAUUAUAUGUCAGCAUUUUUUUUUAAUUGUUAACAGUGGCAAACAACGCCAUUUGCUUAAUAUUUAUCACGAAUUUCAUUGCAUUUUUCCGAACUUUCGGUAAAAAAAAAAUGAUUUUAUGUAAUUUUUUUUAUAUUCAAAUAUUCUAAAUCAAGCUUUUACCAUUGUAAAACUGUACAUUUCAUUUUCUGAAAAGUGUUUAAUGUAAUCAUGGUAAUAAAAAGCUG